AUGCGCAGAACCGCCCUCCCCGUCCUAAGCGGCAUCUUCGCGCCGCUCACCUCUCUCCUCCUCACCUCCCUCGUCGCUCCUUCACUACCCGGCUCAUCGCUUCUCGUAGCCGCACAAGCACCUGCGGGAGGAGGAGGAACCGGCGCGAGCACGGGGACGAGUAGCGGCCAGACGUGUGGAUGGGAAUCGAGUUGUCCCAAGACGGCGCCUUGCUGCACGGAAUACGGGUACUGCUCGUCCGGCAUCGGCUGCUUGGCGGGAUGCAACCCUCAGGGCAGCUACGGCGAGGGCUACUGCGCCCCCGUCCCCUCCUGCCAGUCCUCAAACUACACCUUCGCCGACACCUCGCGGAUCCAGAUGAACCACACCGCGUGGGACGGCGACGCGAGCAAAUACGAUUUCGUGCUCGACAAGCUCGACUCAUCGAACAACUCUCUCAUCCAGAACAACGAGAUGGUCCUCACGCUCACUCAGAACGGCGGCGGAACGCGCGUAUCGACUACGAGGAGCGUCUUGUACGGCACGAUUCAGGCGAGUAUCAAGACGGUCGGCGUGGCGGGAGUCGUGACGGCUUUCAUUACGAUGAGCGGCGUCAAGGACGAGAUUGAUUUCGAGUGGACGACGAAUAACACGAAUCAGGUCCAGAGUAACUAUUACUGGGAGGGAGACGUCGACAACUACUCGCACGGCGGCAAGCACACAGCGAACAACCGCGCCUCCUCCUACCUCACCUACGGCAUCCAAUGGACCCCCUCUCAACUCGACUGGCUCGUGAACGGCAAAUCCGUCCGCACGCUCAAGAAGUCUGAUACGACGAAUGGGCGGUAUCCGCAGACCCCGUCGAGGGUGCAGUUUUCGGUUUGGCCGGCGGGGGUGGAGGGGACUGCGCAGGGUACGAUCGACUGGGCCGGCGGCCUGAUUGACUGGUCCUCACCCGCCUACACCUCCUCCAACGCCUUCACCGCCCACGUCCAAUGGCUCAGCAUCGACUGCUACUCCGGCUCGGACAUGAACCUCCCCUUCGUCGCGGGCAACUCGAGCUCGAACUCGACUAGCUCGAGGGAGAGAUUGAGGAGGAGCGAGGAGUGGCCCGUGUUGUGGGAGAGGCAGAGUCAGAGCGUCAAUUCGUACAUCUGGGGCUCGAACGACACGAACGGUCAAAUCGGCGUCUCGGGCUCGAAUGCCGCGACGAUCAUCAACUCGCCUUACUCGACCGGUCAGAACAUGAUCAUCAAGAACGGCGACACGAAGGGCGUGACGGCGCCCAAGUCGGGCAACGGCGGCACGGGCAUUUUCGGCAACACCGCAGCUGGGAACUGGUGGGCGAAGCAGUCGACCGGCGUGCACGUCGGCAUCAUCAUCGGCGGCUGUGCGGUCGCCCUCUUCCUCCUCGUCACCAUCUGCACGCUCUGGGCUCGUCGGAACGACGGCCGCAAAUCCCGCGCGCGCAAAGAAGCCGCCAUCCUCGCCGCCUCUCGAGGUGGACCGACGACUGGCCCGUCCGGCGCGGCCGCUAUCCCGCUCGUCAACAAGAAGCAGAACGCAUACACUACGCUCGACGGGAACGACUCGGCUUUCGACUUGCCCAAGGGAGGGAGGCCGUCGAUGCAGCACGACAACUCGUCUUACUACGCCGAUUCGAUUUCGAAGAACUCGAUGGGGAACAACUACCGCGACAGGAUCGUCUCGCCCUCCAGCUCGUCGUUCAGGACUGCGACGCCGCCUGUGCCGAGUCUGCCGGCGCAGUAUCAGCAACAUCAGGCGUACCCAGGCGGAUACGGAGCGUAUGGUGGUGCACCGGCGUAUCCGCCUCAGCAGUUCUACCCGCCCCAACCGCCGCAGUACGGGCAAGGCUACGGGCAGGGAGGACCCGGGUACGGGCGGUACUGA